AUGCAUGCGCGCCAAUCUCCCGGUGAUCACGGCGUCCGUAAGUACAGCACAAAGCAGGCCACGUUUGCCAUUCCUGUGCGCAGACAGACGCCUGGCGAUCCAUCGUUCAAAGUGAUCACGCCGCUCUCGCAGGCCGAGGUAGAUACCCGUCUGCGCGCGCACGAACGAAGCACCAAGAUCGAGCGCCCGCCGGGCGCCUGCCUCGUCGCGCGCUAUGAUACCAAUACGGUCGCGAGCAAUGACCCGAUUGAAGAUAAGCACGCCGAGGUUAUUGUCGAGCGCGACCGCGGGGUCGACGAGCCGCUUCCGAAAAGUACGCAACCGCCAGACGCGCCCCGUGGCGAUCUGUGCUUCUUUACAGUGAUGGAUGGGCACGGCGGGCCGGACACCUCGACCAUGCUCUCGGAAAAACUGGUUGCCUUUGUAGCGCUCGAGCUCGAUAAAGUCUUCCGCGAGACGGGUGAGUAUGCCAAGAUGGGCCGCUCGCACGUCUCCACCACCUCGGCCAUCUGGCACUCGCUUUUUGGCGGCGAUAAGAACGCUGCGAGCCAUCGACUGGCUACAUCCGCACUGGACGGCGAUCCUGCGAUUGUGCAGCGUGCAAUUGUCAAGGGCUUCCGUGGGCUCGACAAGGAAAUUGUUACUACGCCGCUCGAGCUCCUGAAACAGUGCGAGCUGAGCCUUGCGGCGGCCAAGACUAGUCACAUCGCUGCGCCGGGCGAAGCGACCAACUCUCUCUCCUCGUUGGCCCAUACAAUAUGGCCGUCCAACAUCAGCGGCCAGGCGAGCAGCUCGCCUUUCGUGACAGUCUCGCAGACAACCGCCCAGGACGCCAUGCUCCCUGCACUUAGCGGCAGCUGCGCACUGAUGCUGUAUGUCGAUAGCGCCCGCCGCGACUUGUACGUCGCCAAUACGGGCGACUCGCGCGCCGUCGCUGGCUACUGGGACGAGCGCAACAGCCGAUGGGAAGUCGAGGCACUUAGCGUCGACCAAACGGGACGCAACCCCGAAGAGCUGAAGCGCAUACAGCGCGAGCAUCCCUCAGACGAAAACGAUACCGUCAUCCAGCGCGGCCGUGUGCUUGGUGGCCUCGAACCGACGCGCGCUUUUGGCGACGCGCGCUACAAGUGGGAUGCAAGCACACAAAAAAGACUCUACGAUGCGUUCUGGCCCGGCGGGUAUACCAAGCUGCGCCCCCCACCGCGCAAUCUAAAGACGCCGCCGUAUGUGACUGCCGAACCCGUCGUUGCCUACCGCAAAGUCACGCUGGCCCAGCCAGAAGCGCACGACGCGCAUCAUGCUUCGCCUCAAACGGCCGCGCCCCAGCGCCAGCUACGCUUCAUUAUCAUGGCAUCCGACGGUCUAUGGGAUCUAAUGUCGAACCAAGAAGCGGUCGGCUUGGUUGCCGGCCACUUGGCUGGCAUCCGUGGCACUGUCCGCGCCGCCGAUCUGCAGCAGCGGUGCUUCCAGCCUGCGACGCCCGCGCCCGCGCCCGCCACAUCGGAACGCGCCGAGGAUGAAAAGCCGCAGCACCCACUGAACAAGUCACCGAACCACUUGCAGUCGUUCACCUUUGAGGACGAUAACCUCAGCACUCAUCUUUUGCGCAACGCGUUUGGCGGCGCCGCACGCGAACGUGUACAGGGCUUGCUGGCGAUUCCCAGCCCCGAAUCACGGAGGUACCGCGACGAUAUCACUGUCAACGUCAUCCUUUUCCACACAACGCAGCCCGCCCGGGGCGACACAAAAGCGCCGGUUAGCGACCCCGCGCGCGCAAAGUUGUAG